UUGGCAGGUCUUACAAACAGAGGACCAUGGGUUAGUUAGACUUCAGACAGCCCAAAACCCGGAAUCCCAUUCCGGUUUCACCCAUUUAAAGCAUCACGUUCUCUGGUCCCUCUGGUCAUUGAGAAAAAAUCUUUUCUCAGAGUCUUGGGGAAUUCUAAAAGAGCUGGUAGGCUCCAUGUAGGGCGUGCUAUGACAGCGUCUUUACUCCUCCAUUCCCGCUGGAUUGACCCGGUGAUGUUUCUCUAUGACAACGGCUUGGAUGAUAUGAGCAAAAACAUGGAAGGAUUUGUGGGAGGCAAUUUCGCUGCUAACCAGUGCAGGAACCUUAUUGCCCACCCGUCUUCUUUGGCCCCGAGCACAACCUACACGUCGAGUGAGGUGCCAGGAUCGGGCAUGGGGGAACCUGUCAAACAAUGCAGUCCGUGUUCAGCCGUACAGAAUUCUCCCAGUGCUUCUUUGCCCUAUGGAUAUUUUGGCGGCAGUUACUACCAGUGUAGGAUGCCCAAGUCCUGCACGCAGCCCACCUCCUAUGGGGAAAAAUACAUGGACACGUCUAUUUCUGGAGAGGAGUUCCCUUCUCGUGCUAAGGAAUUUGCCUUCUACCAGGGUUACUCGUCUGGCCCUUACCAGCCUGUACCGAGUUAUCUUGACGUGCCAGUCGUACCUGCGCUUAGCACCCAUGUGGAACCCAGACACGAGUCUCUUCUGCCGGUUGAAACGUACCAGCCCUGGGCAAUCACGAACGGAUGGAGCAGUCCGGUGUACUGCCCGAAAGAUCAAACGCACUCAAACACCUUAUGGAAAUCGUCUAUUCAAGAUACUGUGUCGGGUACCGAUGGAGCCUCAGUGCGUCGAGGGAGAAAGAAGCGGGUUCCCUACACCAAGGUUCAAUUGAAGGACCUAGAACGAGAAUACGCCACAAAUAAAUUCAUUACUAAGGACAAACGAAGAAGGAUAUCUGCUCACACAAACCUGACCGAGCGACAAGUGACCAUCUGGUUUCAAAACAGGCGGGUGAAAGAGAAGAAAGUGGUCAACAAGUACAAGGGCAUCAGUUAAGGUCUGAAAGAAUGAAAAAACUGAAAUACCAAAGGGGUGUAAAUGGAAGGACCUUCAACAUUAUUUAUUCUGAAAUCAAUUCCAUCAUCUGUUCCACGUCAAGAAACUAUGCGGAGAUGCGCAGGAGGGAAAAUGUAUAUUUUACUUCUCUGUGUAGCUACAUAUUGCCAAGACACUGACACUAAUAAAAGGCGAAGAUACUGCUCAAGAACUGUGUACCCAUGUUCACCACUUCAUUUUUAAUUCUUUUUAAUCUUUAAUGUAGUCCCUAUUUGACAAAGACGUGGGAGCAAUGUAAAUUAAAUUUUUUUAAAAACAAAAACAAAACAAAAAAACAGUGAAGUAAACAGACAGAACCAUGGCAAUUCGUGUAUUAUUUUAUAUUUACACAUCAAAAAACAACUGUACCUUUUUAGACUGUGGAUUUGCAUGCUAUGCUAAUUGUACACUGAAUUUACCCCAAGCCGUGACAGAUUUCUGUUUUGCCCUUUUCUUUUCUGUUUACCCCAUACGCACGUUUGUAAAUAUAAAGUCGCUUCCAGGCACCUGCGAAAUAUAGUACAAAUUCAUUAAUGUGUUACUGCAGAAAGUAUGCAAAUAAAACUCCCCAUAUUAAGCGAUGUAGGCUAGGCUAUUUCCAUAUUUGUAUCUUUGUAAUUAUUACGAAUGUCAACAUUCUGCCAAAAUAUUUAACACAAAU